AUGGCAACCCGCCGCAUCACCUCCCAGGAGAAGACCCACCUCGACCAGGACGAGAUCCGCAAGGAGGCGCCGACGUCCAACAUCGCGCCCGCCGUGCCAUCAUCCGUCAUCUUCAAACUCCUCGGCUUCACCCUGGCCAUGGUCACCGUCCCCAUCGGCAGCUACUUCCUGACCGUGGACAACCUCUUCUCCGGCAACGCGACGUACGCGGGCGGUCUGGCGGCGUUCAUGGCCAACGUCGUGUUGAUCGGCUACGUGGUCGUGGCGUUCGCGGACGACAAGAGCGAGCGGGAGGCCGACGCGGCGGAGACGAAGAAAGCCCGUUGA